AUGCUUACUCUCCGGCGGGCCCGCGCCCCGCUCAACGCACUCCGACGGGGGAAUGCGACCGUAGCCGUCGAACAAAACGCUGCUCCCCCGUCGCCGCCCCCGGAGGCACCCAAGGCGAAGGAGAGGUCUACUACUAGUGGUGCGUCGGGCACUGCUGACCCUGAAUCUGAACGCCGCACGAAGGGGCGCAACCGCCCCCUGCAGACGCGCCGGCCGUUCAUCACGCUCGACCGCCCGAGGGAGUGGAAUAGGCCGCUCGCGCCGGGGGUGUUGCCUGCGUAUGACGAGGCGUUGCGGGUGAUCAAGCGCGACUCGGAGAGGGUGCUGAGGGAGGCGAGGGAGCUGGAGAGGAAGGAGGGGGAGCUCGGGGAGGAGGAGAGGAGGAGGUUGGAGAUUUUGAGGGUGCAGGGCCUGGUGAACUUGCCGGAGGUGCGGUGGAAGGCGAGGAAUGGGAUGGGUGAGCCGGAUUUGAGCCAGCCUGUUUACAGGCGUUUGGUCGAGCAGCGGUGGAGGAGCGACGGGGACUUGGAUUUGCUGAUGGAGCGUAUUCAUCAAAUGCACGUCGUGCCGGAUAUUCUGCCUUCCCUGCAUCCCUCCUUUGACAUGCGCAUAACGUUCCCCGAGUUGCCGCCUGAGAAUGCAGCGUCGGGGAAGAAACCGAAGGAGCGCUAUCACGGGGUCGAGCCUGGGGUUUUCCUAUCGCCCAAGCAGACUCGGGGACCGCCCCGGAUAUACACGACGGUCUUCCAUACGGACCCUCGGUAUUACACUAUGAUAAUGGUGGAUGCAGACUACCCCGAUGCCGAAAAUCACCGCUAUAAGACCUUCCUGCAUUGGAUGCAACCUAACAUCCAACUAUCGACCUCCUCCACGGGCCCCUUUACGUUCAAAGAGCCGCACACUCCGUACAUCCCUCCUCACCCUCAAAGGGGGACGCCGUACCACCGCUACGUGCUCCUCCUCCUCCCGCACAGCUCACCGUCGGAGGCGCUGGAUAUACCUGUGCCGACGAUGGAGGAGCGCGUGAACUUUGACUCGCGCGCGUUCAUGCAAAAGUACGGGCUCGACGGGAGUAAAGGCGGCGCGGCGCAUAUGUGGAGAGAGGAGUGGGACGAGGAGGUGUCGAGGAUCUACGCGGAGGUGCUGAAGGUGCCCGAGCCGCGGUACGGAUACGUCUCGCACAAGGUGGUCAAGAGCGAGGUGUACCAGGCGUCGAAGCCGAGGAACAAGUACGUCGGACAGGGGGACAAGUACGCCGGCCAAGGGGACAGGCAACUUGUUCCCGUGUGAAGGGUAUCUACAAUUUUGUCUCGCGGCAGACUAUAGUACUAGUUAUAAUUGCUAUCGUCCUUACUCGUCAUUUUUGUGUCGGUCUUCGUACUUGAGUUCAGUCUUAGAGCAGCCACAGGCGCC